CUGGUCUGCGUACACCGCGUUCUCAUCGUGCAAGCAAGGACCAAGAUGAUGGCUGGGUUGCAAGUCGCGAAGAGGGACCUUCGCCGGAGGAUGCGGGAUGCUCUCCAGCAGAUCCCCGCCGACUCUAUUGCCAAUCAAUCCAGAAUCGCUACGAACCAACUCCUCUCUCUCCAGGAAUAUCGGGAUGCGAAGAGGAUCGGGGUCUAUCUGUCCAUGUCAGCCGGUGAACUCUCUACAACUGCGAUAGUGCAGGAUGCCCUGGCCAAUGGCAAAGAAGUCUUCGUGCCUUACAUACACAAUCUCGAGUUGUCGUCACAGCCAAAGACAUCAGUCAUGGAUAUGUUGCUGCUUGAGUCGAUGGAUGAGUUCAGAUCGCUCGAGCCGGACAAGUGGGGAAUUCCAUCGCUUUCGCGAGCAAGUGUGCUUAACAAGACGAACUGCUUCGGGGGCAAGGGAGUCUCACCCCAGCCUGAAGAUUCUACACAGGGACCUUACGGGUUGGAUUUGAUUGUCAUGCCAGGAAUGGCGUUUGAUGAGGGAUUCAGAAGAUUAGGCCAUGGCAAAGGUUACUAUGAUCAUUUCCUGACAAGGUACUCCAAAGGUCCCGAGAGCACAACAACGGCACCGAAGCUGCCUCUACUAGUCGCGCUGGCUCUCAAAGAACAAGUGCUGGCUCCGACCGAAAAGAUCCCGGUUGCGGAUCACGACUGGCUAGUAGACGUCCUCAUGGUCGGCGAUGACCGGUGCCUCGUGCGCCAACGCUGAUAGGAUAUCCAGAAAAGAAGCGAGCCCUUUCAUGUCCAUGUUUUCAUCUAAUGCGACAAUAAUGUGCAGAUAAUUGUACUCCAGCGAGAACCCGU